GAUCCUCAGUCUUCCACAAUGAACCCUGUUUACAGCCCCGUGCAACCUGGGGCUCCUUAUGGCAACCCUAAGAACAUGGCCUACACUGGUUACCCCACAGCCUACCCGGCAGCUGCCCCUGCCUACAAUCCCAGCCUGUACCCGACCAAUAGCCCCAGUUAUGCUCCAGAGUUUCAGUUCCUGCAUUCAGCUUAUGCCACUCUGCUGAUGAAACAGGCCUGGCCACAGAACUCAUCUUCCUGUGGCACUGAAGGCACCUUCCACCUUCCAGUGGACACCGGGACCGAGAACCGAACUUACCAAGCGUCCUCUGCAGCUUUCAGAUAUACUGCAGGGACACCAUACAAGGUCCCACCGACCCAGAGUAAUACUGCUCCACCCCCCUACUCCCCAUCACCCAACCCCUAUCAGACGGCCAUGUAUCCAAUCAGAAGUGCCUACCCCCAGCAGAAUCUGUAUGCCCAGGGAGCCUACUACACACAGCCUGUGUAUGCUGCCCAGCCCCAUGUCAUCCACCACACCACAGUUGUCCAGCCCAACAGCAUUCCCUCUGCCAUCUACCCAGCCCCUGUUGCUGCUCCCAGGACCAACGGUGUGGCCAUGGGCAUGGUAGCAGGCACCACCAUGGCAAUGUCAGCAGGUACCCUGCUGACCACACCCCAGCACACUGCAAUUGGGGCGCACCCCGUCUCCAUGCCCACGUACAGGGCCCAAGGAACCCCCGCGUACAGCUAUGUGCCCCCGCACUGGUAAAGCCUGCAGCCCAUCCAAAUCUGGAGUCACAUUGUAUGCAACUACUCACGUCUUACACCGGUGCUGGAGCAGUCCCCUAGCAGCACCACCUCUAUUUGCAAGAAGAGACAAGGAAGUGCAAGGGUCACUUUAUGCAUCCUUAAUGGUUUUGAUUUUUACUUUUGGUUUUUGUAAAAGCUGCUUUUUCUAAUCUCCUAGGAGCCUCCCCCUCGUGCCUCCCUCUUAGCCACUGCCCUUCUGGCUCUAGCCCCUCUUCCUACCUGACCAGGCCCAGUCCUCUCUGCACUUCUUUCCUUCCCUAAGCAUCCUGUCCCUGGGAUCCCAGUCUAGUAGCAAGCAGAGAGUGAGGUUUAUUGCGAUGGUUCAUCUAAAGGCUAGAUUUCAUUUGGAGAGCAUAACAGAUGUGGCCCUCAGGUCUGGGGUAGGAACUUGGAGCUAUCAAGGAGGCCACAUCUCUGUCAGAUUGUCAUUUUGCUAAAGCAAGAUUAGUUCAAAUACAAAGAAAUAUCUUCUGAGAACCAUCGCAACAGACCAAGAACAAACCACCUGGUUAUGUAGGAAUGUUAUCAGCAGCUUCAUGUCCCCAGGCUCAGAGCCUGGGAAAGCAGAGAAUCUGGGGAGAGGUGGAGGGAGGUGGGGAACUGGGGAUGUAGUAUGAAGAAAGGGCAAGAGGGUACUCAGCUCUGGUUUGAAAGGUCUCUGGCCAUGUUGCUGGCCAGGACCUUGUGAUUUGCACAGUGAUGUUAACUGACCUGGCACUUCCUCCAGAGAUGCUUUGACCUCAGACCUGCCAAACAGUUGCAUGGUGGUGGGAUCCCAGCAUCCAGAGGGUUUGGAAGGCCAGGUGCCUGCAUAAUCCCACUCAGCCCGAGCCUCGUGGACCCACUCUGAGGAGCUUCCUUCUCAGAAGUGGAACUAGUGGUAUUUCUCUCCCUUGCCCUUCUGCCCUUCCUAGUGCCGGGGCGCACAUGUCUGUCUGUGGGGCUGGCAGGCAGGCCAAGCUCUUGGUUACCUUGUGCCAUUUCACGGCCAAAGUGAAUGAACCACAUUCCAGGUGGGAGCUGGCGGUUCUGAAGGUCAGGAUAGUGAAGGAAAAACAAUAGCAAUAAUCAUUUCAUACUCAUGGAACUGAAGGGACCUUAGCAUUCAUCAUCUCAUCCAUUCCCCUAUUUGACAGAUGAGGAAACUGAGGCCCAGGGAAGCAGAAAGGACUUCUCUGAACCUCAUAGUAAAUUAGCAUUAAAUGCAGCCUUCCUACCUACUGGCAUUUUGCCUAUAAAAAUUUAGCAAGGGAUGGAUUGGCUUGGCUCUGUAAAAAUUUUAAGUCAGCAGUGCCCACAUCUGGUGAGCUCUGGAAUGACCUCUGGGCUGCUUUCUGCUGUUUUCCCUCAUGGACUCCACAGGUGGGGGUUGAAGACUAGGCUGAGGCCACAUAGGGCAGAUAACAGGAACAGAAAUGCAUUUGGAAAGCCUGUGAAGACAUCUGGAAUGUUUAUCCUGAACCUGACUCCACCUCUAGGAAAAGAAGCAGGUGGGCUGGCUGGAAGAGAGUAGCCCUUUAUCUCAAGAAGAGAGGAAGAAUGGGCGCCACCAAUAAACGAGGACAAGGAUGAGGCCAAGCAGUACAACCACAUCUGGGAGAAGAAAGGGGACUCCUGGGACAAGGAAGUCCUUCCUAGUUUCAGCCAGCCACCUUCCUGUGCCCAGCUAGCAGAGCCAAUAGCCUCACUGGGUGGAAAAGGAAUACCUUACUGUGUAAAAUUGGAUCACUGGUAACAUUUGAGACUCUGAACUAUUUUCAUUUUAAAUUCAUGUGAACUUGAACAUCACAUUCCUCCAAUUUCCUAUGCUCCCCUAAAGGAAUAAAGAAAAAAAAAAAAAGGAAGCCCUUGAGCUAGAGUGACCUCAGAAACAGCCUGACUGUUCCCAGGAGGUCAGAGUUCAUCGUAUCUGUGGCAGAGAGCCAGAAGUUAGGGCUCCUACCUUCCUGGCCUUCUAGGAACUUCAGGACCAGGAAGAGAGACUCGGCUGCUCUGGGGUGCUGACAAGGGUUUCUUUUAAAACACAGUUUUCCAGUGUUGGUCUGCUUUUUACAAUGCCUCCUCCUACCCUCUUUGGUUUUGUAGAGGUGGAUGAAGGUUGCUGUAGAUUAUGUCUUAUAUGUUUGAAAAAUGCCAAAAUAAUAAUGGCGGUAAUAAUUACAGGAUA